GUCAAGACCGGAAGAUGGGCGGCCCCAUUGAAACUUGAGACUUGGAGUCAGGUAGGGCUGAGGUCCCGGUUGCGGGUGGGGGACCCACAUUUUGAAACCCUCCUCGAUGUUAAAAUAAAUUAGAACGAGCCUCCCUGCAAGCAGAAGCCCAGCAGCAGAGUUCCGGCCUUUUGCUGGUCAAGAGUGCAUUGGGAGAGCUGAGUUCAAGUCCUCCGCUCAUUCCCAUGAUGCUCAUCGGAUGACCUUGGACCCUUCAUUCUCCCGCAGCAUAUCCCUACCUCACCGGGUUAUUGGAAGAAUUAAAAUAUCGGUGGGAAGGAACCAUGUGAGCUGCUUGGAGGGAAAUAAAUAGAUGAUGAUAAUAUAUACAAGAGAGGUAUCCAAAACUUAAUUGGAAGGGGUAUAGAACACUCCGCCUCCUAAUUUUGCUGCUACAAAUGUGGGCUGAGAGUUUUGGCAGAAUCUUAGAACCUUUCUGUAUUGCUUUUGCAGAGAAGCCUGCUUUUUCCAUCUCUGCAGAGUCACAGGAAAAUGCCAUAUGGAGUAGACAGAUCCUUGGUCCAUCUAGCUCAGUACUGGCUAUGCUGAUGGGCAGUAGCUCUCCAGGGUUUCCUGUCGGGUCUCUGUGUGUCUCUUCCAGCCCUUACUUGGAGACACUGCUGGGUAUUGAACCUGGGACCAUGCAAAAGCCAAGCGGAUGCUUUGCCUGAGCUCCAGCUUCCAGCCCUUCCCCUCCCAGUGAUCUUAGCUAGGCUACCCUUUGACUCGAGACCCUUGGGAGUGCUUGCACCUGUUGUCUUUGCAUCAUUUUUAUUUUCUCAUCUUAUUUUUAUUUUAUUUGUUCUUUGUGCAGAUGGCUUUGUGGCUGAAGCACAAUUAUGGCAGUUUGUAGGCUCAGGCCUGGCUUGGCCUGGAUGCUGGACAGCCUCCUUUGGAAUAGAGCUUUCCUGGCACCUUUACCAUGCAGAAGUUGCAGCCGCACUUGUUCCUCUCCGGCAGAGAAGCAGCGCACCUAUUGGCAAUAUCUGCGGCGCAAAGUCUUGAAACCUCCCACCCCACCCUACAGUCAUGUCUGCCAGGUGGGGGACCCCAUUCUGCGCUCCCUGGCUGCCCCCGUGGAGCCCUCACAAAUUGCCAGUAGUGAGGUGCAGACCCUCAUCCGUACUCUGGUUCGCGUGAUGAGGAAAGAACAAUGUGUGGGUCUCAGUGCUCCUCAAGUGGGUGUGCCACUCCAGAUCUUUGUGGCGGAGUUCCCUGAGAGGCUCUUUCAUGAGCACACCCCCAGCAUGCGCCAGGCUUGCCAGAUGGCCCCCUUCCCUCUGCAUGUGGUAGUGAAUCCAUCCAUGAGGGUGCUGGACUCCCAACUGGUCUCUUUCCCCGAGGGCUGUAAAAGCAUCGGUGGAUUCUCUGCUUGCGUCGCCAGAUACCAAGCCGUGGCAGUUUCCGGUAAGCUGGCAAUGUUAUUCCUUGUAGCUUUAACACACUUGGAUGAGGUGUGAGUUUUGGAGCUGGUAUAAGUGUGUGGCGAGCCUCAGGUGUUCAAACUUGGCUCUAUGUUGAUCUUAUGAGGUGUUAUUAAUGCAAACGGGAAUCUACAUUAUGCAUUCCAAUUGUGGGAACGUAGCUAAGUACAAACUCAUGGCACCAAACAACUUCUUCCCACACUGCCUGUCAAAAUGCGCAUGUUUUUAUGCCAAAGCCUUUCAUCAGUAGCACACUCACAUGUUGCUUUUCUGUUAUUUGGUGUGACUGUGGACAGGAGGUGUAGCAAGCGACAAUUUAUGUAUGAAAAAUGGAAUGGGGAGAGUGGGUGGGCAUCACUUUCUCAUGCUUACUUACGCUGUCCUGCUGUGGAAUCUUUCAUAAGUCUCACUUUUCUAAUUUUUGACAGGACUGAGGGGCACAGCAGGUUUCAAUAAGUACCAGCAAAAAGCAGGGACAGGUAGAUAUUCUCUGGGCACAGGGAGCCUGCACUGGGCCUACAGCUUGGGGAAAGUUCAGUCAGAUAUACAUGUUCCUACAAGGGGAGUGAUUCAUUAAGGCAUGACAGGACCCCAGAGCUGCAUUUCUCACUGGAGUUCCUCUUUUUCCUUUCCCCAGGUCUGAAUGAAGUUGGGGAGCAGUUUAGCUGGCCGGCAAGUGGCUGGGCAGCCCGCAUCAUCCAGCAUGAGAUGGACCAUCUGCAGGGUGUGUUGUACAUUGACAAGAUGGACAGCAGGACUUUUGUGAAUCUGCAGUGGGAACAGCUAAAUGAAUGAAGCAGGACUGGGCCCAGGGGGGCGGGGAGAGAGAGGCCACUUUUUCUCUGCCUGCUGUUCCUAAGUAUGUCCAAACCAGUGAAAGGGACAAUAGAAAGAGAAGGUGGACACUUCCAAUGUGAGGGGGUUCAAUGGUGUUUUUACUGCUUGACAUCUUUACUUUCCCUAUUUGUGGCAUGAGGAGAGGAAGCUGGGCAUAAGCAUGCCCUUCCCCCACCCCACAUGGUACUGCAGGAGUUUGGGGGGGGGGAAUACUAAGAAAGCAGAAGCUGUUAAAGGGUAGCAAUCAGUAUCUUUCAACUGCUGUAUGGCAUUCUCUUGGCCAGUGCACUGUACAGUACCUUGAAGGAAAAUGGCUUUGUCCAAUUUCAGCCAGUGGAAGCUCCAAACAGAGCCUCUCCAAACCAACCCUAAAUAACUUGAUCAUCUACUAAUUGGGCCUCUCUCCAGCUGCUCAUGGUGGGGGGCAAAAUUCAAGAAGAAAAAGCAAGGCUGAUCCUGUGACAUGGCCUUCUCCAACUCCUACCUUGACUAUUGAAGUAUGCUAACAUGCAGGAAGGUUGGCAAACACUUGUUAAAAGCAUCAGACACCAACUUCAUAGUAAUUCACAAUAAAAAGGCAUUGACCACCUCUUCACCUGUGAUACCUCGCCAUGUUUUACUUCACAACAAAAUACGUAACUGUAUUUUAUUAAUGUUUUAAGUUGUCUGUUUUUGCUUCAGUCUUCUGUACACCGCUUGCAGAUAUUUUUAAUAGAUUAAGCAGUAUAGAAAUUAAACAAUCAACUCA